CACUUCUUCUCCUCCACCUCCAUGUUUCACCUCCACACUUCAACAAUUCAAUCAAUUCACUCUUGCACGAGGGAAGGCCACCAUACCUUCACAUGGUCCAUCCACUCACCACCCACCAGAAAUAAAUUUCUUCUCAUAUCCCGACCUCCAUCCAAUCUCACCCUCCUACACCACAUUAUCGCCAACGUCCAUCGCAUUAUCGGCUCUCCAUAUUCCGCCUCUCGGCUGUCCCUCCCCAGUUGAGCAGCCGUCAUGGCUACUCAGGUCGAAAACUGGGACGACGAUGCCGACUUCCAAGGCGACAUGUUCGCCAAACUCACCACCCCCCGCACCCGCACCUCCCUCUCCCUCUCGUCGCGCGCCUCCGUCCGCUCCGAAUCCAACGCCGCCGACGAAGACUGGCAGGUCCUGAUCGCUCCCAACGACGACGCCUCCACCACCAACGCUAUUUCCUCCGCGAAGCUCGCCGGCAUUCCCAUCCCGGCUAACAUCCCUUCGUCCGCGCUCCUCGGCGGCACCAUCAAGCGUCUUGGUAAGAAAAAGUCGCGCCCGAAGGUCGACGACGAUUGGGGCGAGGACAUCGAACUGCCGACCGCGGGAGGACUGAAAUUGAAAACCGAACUGGGCUCCGACGCGCCGAAAUGCCCCGUGACCCCGCUGACCGACCAAGACGAGUUUGACGAGUGGGCCGAAGGAAGCUUAGGCAUCCGAUUUGGAGGCACCCGACGCGAGCUGCGAGGUCGAAGUUCGUCCGCCUCCGGAAUGAGUCCAAGUAUUGGGAGUUGUGUGACCGCGGAGAGUGAAGACGAUGGGUUGGACGGGCUGGUUUUGCCUGAUCAACCGCUCGACUUCGGCGCGCUCCUGAAAAAGCGCAAAGCAGUCGAAGAGCCCCCGACGUCGGCUCCUCCACCGAUGCAGGAUCCUGUCCCUCCGAGCGAUCCUUUCCCGUCGCCGAUGGCGUCGCGACCACGGACCGCAGGCUCCAUGCAAGGACCCGAGGAGUCCUUUGACGACCUGGAUUUCGGCGGCGAUAUUUUCGAUCCGAAGAAGCUGAAGCUGAAUCGAAAUGUGAAGGUCCAGAACGUCAAGCAGUUCACGCCGGCAACGAAAUCUGCCGCGACCACCAUCACGUUCACGGACAAGCCGCUGACAUCCCGAAUUCCGCGUCCCACGUCGAAAUCUUCGAACCUGGCUCCGGUCCUCGAACCAGGCGCAAGCCAUAUGAGUCGGGUUGGCCGUGUCGCGCCCACCACGACGAGCGCGCAGUUACUCAAGGCGAAGCGAUCCGCUCCCGUGCUCAGGAACCACUAUCCGCAACACUCUCACUCUCACUCGCAACCCAAGUCUCAUGUUCCGUUCUUACCCACCGGAGCCUCAAGUAACCAAUCCCAUCAUAUUACCGCAAAAUCUUCUCUCGGAUCCCUCUCGUCGUUCCGUCGGGAUUCCGAUCCGAACCGCCCCAACUCUCCAACUUCACGACCAUUCUCCCGCCAGCGAGAUCGCGGCUCCGACACCCCCUCUCGCGUCGGUAUGCGAAAAGAUCCCAACGUCGCUCCCGCUCAUCUGGCCCGAGACGCUGCAGCAAGGCGAACCCUCAACCGUCCCACCCGCCAACGCAACUGGGGCGACGGUAGCGAACUCGACAUUUUCGACGACCUUCCCACGUCCGCCACGAAGGAGCACAAGUUCACCAAGCAACCGACCAGCCGCGGUCCGCCAAAGACCCUUCGCCACCUUCCGAGCCGCCUGGGACUUAAUCAGGAGAACCAGAGGCUGUCCGGGGUCGGCUCGAGUGUAUCGUCCUUCCCAUCCGUCCCAUCUACGCCCCUUCCAUCCACCCCCGGUCCUCGUGGUCCCAGCCUGCGCUCCGGGUUCGAGCCGUCGAACACCCCUCGAUUUGCCCGAGACACGGCCGCCAGCCGGAUUGCGCGCGAGCAACGUCUCGGCACGACGUCUAACCGCCCGCGAAGCGAGGGGCCGUUGAUGCCGGUCACCACCAACUGGAAGGCGACGAUCGCCGCGAGGAGCCCGACAGUCCAUGCGACCAAGAAGAAGAGAGAUGGUGAGACGAAGAAACCAUUAUUAAUCAAAGGGGUGGGCGUGGGGCAAGUGAGGAAUGAGAAAGGCAUGAUCUUCAACCCCGUCCUCCACCGCUGGGAAGGCAACGAAAAUGCCCUCGCUGCCUUCCACUCCAACCCCUCCACCUCCACCCUCCCCCUCCACGCCCCCCACGAAUCCCACUUCCGCCACCACCACACCCA